AUGGUUGAAGCAACAACUGUUUAUUCAAAUGAUAUUGGAGGCGGGGCAAGACAUGACAGUCAGCAGCAGCAAGAUAACAAAAUUAGUUUAUCCGCGUAUCAUCCUACAACAAUGAUGACCGAAAUGCGAUCGACUCCUUUGAAUAUUCCUCAACAAUCGUUAGAAUAUUUCAUUACGGACAUGAGACAAACAAUCGCAAAUCAAGUUGGUCCUCAACAAUGCAUUGUGCUGAGUGCAAUUGAUCGUAAACGUAAAUAUCCAGACAAUCCAACGAAUAAUGUCAAUAUAAUAGAAAAUAUAACAGAAGAAAACGACUAUAAACAAAAAUAUUUUGAUUUAUUAGGAAGAUAUGAAAAUUUAAAAACAAAAUAUUCAAUAUUAACUAAAGAACACGAUCUGUGCAAACGAACUGUUCCCGUACCACCUCCAGAAACGGAACAAUGGCUUCGCACUGUAUUAGCCAAAGUCGAAUUAUUGAAAGAAGGUGGCGGCCCUACAGGCAAGAUUCCAUUAUCACCUCAUUCAUUGCGAUCUUGUGUACGCGAUACACCAUCAAAUACGGCAAGACAAAUUGUGCGUCGGUUAUUCUCAAAAGAAGAUUUGGCCACUAUGUCAGCAUCAAAAAUAGACAAUGAAUUAAUGAAUGAUAUUAUUGCUUUUGUUCGUUCCAAACAUCCUUUACAUCCAAUAGAAACUUCAAAGAUUAAGGCCGCUAUAUCAAAUCUAUGUGUUCAAGCACGACGUGAACUAAAAGGACCGUCUUCGUCACAAACACAACAUGUUCAGAAUAACGAUAAAAAUAAUACGACGACGAUAAUUGACACAUCAAAUCAACAAAAUAACAAUAAUAAUAACAAUACAUCUUAUUCUACAUUGACAGAUACUUCUACUACUACCGCGAUCACAACAACUCCACAAACAGUGACUGUUAAAUAUGAAUAA